GCGCGUUUCCCGGGAAAACACGAAGUAAAAUUGACGGAGAGACUUAUCAUGGAGAAGAUUACAGAGAGAAUACUGCUGGAGAAAGGCUCACCUAAAGCAAACAAGCUGGAGAAAAUUACCAAAAUAAAUCUCUCUCGUAUGGCGUUAAAGGAUCAGGAUCUCUCCGUGGCCUUGUUGAAUAAGCUCUCUGCUCUGGAGGAGUUGGAUCUUUCCAGGAAUCUGCUGCAGAAUCUUCCAGCAGGACUCUGUCUUCCCCAGCUGCGGCUUCUGAACUUUUCCAACAACAACAUGGAGGAAGUGACCUCGCUGGAGGUCCUGACUGGUCUGGAGGAGCUACGGCUGGAGGAUAAUUUCUAUCUCACUGUCAGCGACGAGCACAAGGUGAUGUUUCUCUUGCCCAAAUUGAAGAUGCUGAACGGGAAGGACAUCAGUGCAACAGCCAACCACAUCCACUACGUGAACACUGAGAUCCUUUGGAAGCGGGUGAUCGGAGUGUGGGAGAAGAACUUCACUCUCCCCGAUCCACCAACUUCCCAAAGCUUAAAUGAGCUUGAGAAGAACUUUGUUAACGCUGCAUGCUUUCAAGUCAAAUACGGCCCCAGCUCUUUAAACGACUACACCAAAUGGAGGGUUGAGAUGAUUGCAAAGGAAUAUCUCAACUCGCUGACUGAUCCAGAAAAAGAGGACGAGGACAUUCCAGCAGAGACUCCGGGAAAAGAAACUGGGAGACAAAUUCAAGGCUCCAAAACAAACUGCGAUGCUGAAAACCCAAGAAAGAGAAAGACGAGAAACCAAACGGCCACGCCAGAGGCCAGUCUGCGCAAAUCAUGCCGGUUAGCCAGUGCUGCUUCAGUCGAGACGAAUCCUGGAAGAUCCUCCUGGUUGAAGGAGACCCCUCAAAAAUCGAACCCGAGUGUCUCAAGCCCAGGGUGCGUGAAAGCAAAGACUCCUGUGGCAAGUCUGAGGAACUCCAGUCACAGGCAAAACACCCCAAAAAAAGCAACGGUUGCACAGGUUGCCGUGACGCCCACUGCGAAGGGAGCGAAGAAAAAUCUCAAAGUUCAGCUUAGGACUCCGCAAGCAUGUAGCUCCACCGAGACAGAAAGUGGAACGAUCUGGAAAGCGACUAAAUCCCAAGUUUCAAAGGAACCAGCCAGUCUGCAGCCUCUUCACGUCCUGCAGUGCCACAGUAAACGUGACAGUCCAGAGGAUUUCAGCACCCAGCUGUGGGCCUGUGCCUUCGAGCCUCAGGACAACAGCAAUACAGGUGCCUGGGCACAAUCGGUGGCCACUUGUGGAGGUGAGACGGUGUGUGUGAUAAACUGCGAGUCUGGCCACGUACUGAAGAAAUACAAGGUCCCUGGUGAGGAAUUCUUUACGCUGGCCUGGAGCACGGUGUUGAUGGCGCGUGAGAAUGGCUGCGCUCGAUCCUGCAGCAUCCUCGCCGCAGGAGGGAAGAAGGGCAUGGUGAAGCUCAUCCACCCCAGAGCCAACUUGGCAUACGGCGAGUUCCGUGCCAGCCGCCGAGCCAUAGCUAUACUCCGCUUUAGCCCGCGAAAAACCAGCUUCCUGUUCACUGGCGGGUAUGAUAACAAGAUCAUUAUGUGGGACAUCGGUGGACUGGACCGAGACUACAACUUCAAAACCAGUCAGCUGCUUGUAAUGGAGACCUGCUCCACUCCACUGCACCUCUGCCUGCUGCCGUGUUCCCCAGACACGCAUCUCAUCUCGGGCUGCGACAGCGGGCUUUACUGCUUCGACAUCCAGCUCAGCAAGAACACGCAGAAGAGGGAGGAGGAGAUGGAGAUUGUGUUUCCUGUGUACAAGAAGAGCAAUAAGAACAGUAACUACCGUACGAUUGAUGGACUCAGCUUCCUUACAGAAGACAUAGUAGCAUCUAAGAGCCACAUGCAGGGCUCGAUCUACUUGUGGAGCUGGAGCGGUACGAGGGCGCUGCGCCAGGGAAGGAAAAAGGAGGUGCCUGCUGUGAUCCUGGCUGAACUGCAGUGGUCCAACACCGACAUUCUGUACCUGUCUCUAAACACCUGCCCUGGUUUUGGCUAUGUGGUUUGUGGAGAUGAGAAAGGGCGACUCUGGACGUAUCAUAUCACAGACCUCACGAAGGCCAACUUCAAGAGUGGAAAAGCAGUUCCUGCAACAGAGGUGCUGGAGUGGCCCUCACCAGUGCGAAGCGGAGCAGGCCCAAUCGAUGGACCGUCCAUCAACAGUGUCGCCAUGGAUCCCGAGCUUCAUUAUUUGGUUGCCCUGACUGACAAGAACAUGGUGGUGGUUUGGAAACGAGCAUCUGGGCCAUAAAGUUUCAUAUUCCUCCCAUUUUUCAGGAUGGACUUCGUCAUGCACCAAAGCAAGUGCGAAAGGAUCGCUGCAGUUCUUGCACAGUAGGGGAUGUAUUAGGUUCAGUUCAAAUAAUGAGCACUGAUGAGACUUACCGAGAGACUAAUUACUGCUGGAGUGCUAAUAAAGCAUCAGUGUGUGUGUCUGUCUGAGCUCAACAGAGAGAAAAGUGAUUUCAUCUUCAAGGGAUUUUUUUGAGCUGAUAGCUGUUGAAGUGGUUUUUUUGUUUUGUUUUUUUAAACUAAUUUUUAAUUUUUAAUCCAAGUAUUGUGUCUUGUUUGUAAAACAAACAAAUUGCAUGUAUAAUGACGGUAGAUUGUAUUUUCAUUCUGGGAACUGAAAGAAAUGCUGCAUGUUAAAUGUGUGUCUGUGUGUGAGACUGCACAACAUUUUUCACAGUAUGUUAUGGCCAUAUUAUACGAGGGUACUCCAAAAAGUUCUCGGCCUCACCCGGAAACAAGGGAUGUAACUGUAUACUAUAAAGCUUUACAUCACCGUCCACAAAAACUCAAAUGAAAGAAGCCAUCAAAGACAAAAGGAGAAGAAAGAAAGCUUCAAGCUGGCAUGAUGUUGCUCCAGGACAACGCGCCAUCCACGCAAGGGCAGAAGCAGCCAAAUGUGGCUUUGAACUGUUGCCCCAUACACCUUACUCACCCACCUAUCUUCUGUUUCCCAAACUGAAAUCCCACUUGCAUGGUCACCGUUUUCAGAGUGAUGAUGAGGUCAUCCAUGCUGUUGAGGAGGAUCUGGAGGCUGAAGAACGUGGCCACCUUCUGUGAAGGGAUAGUGAAGCCUGAACAUCGGUGGCCCAAGUGCACUGAAAUUAAAGGAGACUAUGCUGAAAAAUAACGCAAGAACUAUCUUUCUCCUGUGAAGUUUUCUGAGUGAGGCCGAGAACUUUUUGAAGUAUCCUUACAAAUCUAUACCUUCCUGUGUAAUUUUCCCCAGUGGUGAAAAUGAUUUGCCGUAUAUAACUUGGUUUCAUAAUUCCAGUCAUAGAAACUCACUAAACCGAACAAUUUGAAACUCCCAACACAUUAGAUCCAGCUCACAACUGAUAAAAUAAUUCUUGAGUUUUGUUAGGUGGGUUCCCCCCCCCUCCUUUUUUGUAUUAUUUUUACUACUCGGACCCACAGCAUGUGCAGACCACAUACGUAUAGUAUUACGUUUUGAUCUGGCUGUACCGAAGGAGGUUAAAUUCACAAAGUAUGAUCUAGGAAUGUAGACCUUUGCCGCCUAAGAGAUUCUGCCUCACGGAUCGAUUUGGGAGCAAACGGGCACUGACGCAGACACAGCUGUUCAGAGAUGUUUCUCAGUUUAUUGUAGGACAAACGUAAAGCAUUUACAUCACUGGGUUAGACUACACUGCUGUAUGAAAGAAGAGAUACCAUUAUAUCAUCUGUUAGAACCAUAGUCCUAUGAAAAGAAGGAAGACAUUACCGGUCAACAUCAACUUCAUUAAGCAGAGAGCAGAAUGGGCGAGCGAUGAUAAACCUCAACCAAAACAAGUAGCAGUCAGAACAGCCUGCCUGUUCCAGUUUCAAGCAUGCCAAACAUAUAUUUCUGUCAUAUAGUCCAGGACCUGGCUUAGACACGUACAGUCAAGCCGGAAAGCCUGCACACCCCUUUCACCUUCCUCACCUUUUAUUAUGUUACAGACUUAUUCUACAAUAGAGUGAGUUCAUUUUUUGUCACAAAAUUCCAAACAAAAUAGCCCAUAAUGACAAAGUGAAAACAGGUUUUUAGACAUUCGUGCUAAUUUAUUAAAAAUCAAAAUGUAAAAUAUCAUACGUACAAGUGUGCACAUCCUUUGAUAUGACACCCAAAAGUGAGCUGAGGUGCAUUUUGUUUCCACCAAUACUGCUUGAGAUGUUUCUACAACUUAAUUGGAGUCCACCUGUGGUAAAUUCAAUUCAUUGGACAUGAUUGGGGAUUGCCAGCACCUGCCUAUAUAAGGUCCCACAGUUGACAGUGCAUGUCAGAGCAAACUCCAAGCCAUGGGGUCAAAGGAAUUAUCUGCAGACCUCAGAAACAGGAUUGUGUCAAGGCAUAGAUCUGGAGAAGGGUGCAGAAAAAUUGCUGCAGCUUUACAGGUCCCAAAGAGCACCGUGGCCACCAUCAUUCGUAAAUGGAAGAAGUUUGGAACCACCAAGAAUCUUCCUAGACCUGGCUGCCCGGCCAAACUGAGCGAACGGGGAAGACGGGCCUUGGCCAGGGAGGUGAGCAGGAACCCGAGGGUCGCUCUCUGACAGCUCCAGAGUAUCCUUGUGGAGAUGGGAGAACCUUUCAGAUCAACCAUCCAGGCAGCACUCCACAAAUCAGGCCUUUAUGGUAGAGUGGUCAGAUGGAAGCCACUCCUUAGUAAAAAGCACAUGACGGCCUGCUUGAAGUUGGCCAAAAGGCAUCUAGAGGAUUCUCAAACCAUGAGAAACAAAAUUCUCUGCUCUGAUGAAACCAAAAUUGAACAUUUUGGCCUGAAUACCAAGCGUCACGUGUGGAGGAAACCAGGCACCGCUCAUCACCUUGCUAAUGCCACCCCUACAGUGAAGCAUGGUGGUGGCAGCAUCAUGAUGUAGGGAUGUUUUUCAGCAGCGGGAACAGAGCGACUAGUCCUGAUAGAGGGGAGGAUGAAUGCAGCUAAGUACACCAAGAUCCUUGAAGAAAACCUGCUCCAGAGCGCUCUGGACCUCAGACAGGGGCGAAGGUUUAUAUAACAACAACCCGAAGCACACAGCCAAGAGAACAAAGGAGUGGCUUCGGAGAAAGUCUGUGAAUGUCCUUGAGUGGCCCGGGCAGAGCCCAGACAUGAAUCCAAUUGAACAUCUGUGGAAAGAGCUGAAAAUGGCUGUGUAGCGACGCUCCCCAUCCAACCUGAUGAAGCUUGUAAGGAUAUGCCAAGAGGAAUGGGCAAAAACGUCCAGAAACAAGUGUGCCAAGCUCGUAUCUUCUUUCCCAAGACGCCUUGAAGCUGUAAUUGCUGCCAAAGGUGCAUCAACCAAGUAUUAGGCUAAGGGUGUGUCCAGAUAUGUAACCCCUAAAUAACCUAUUUUUGUCAGUAAAAUAACAUUGCAUAUUUUCUAAAAACCUACUUUCACUUUAUUACGGGCUAUUUUGUAUAGAAUU